UUUCGCGUUUUCGUAACCGCGUCACAAAAAUAGUCGUCCCGUGGCGAGACGCUGCGAGGAUUUGAACGAGUGGCGGAAUUAUUUUUAAUUAAACAAAAACCUCGACGCGAUCUCCUCGUUGUUGGCGUGUUGCGGACAGCUUGACGAGUCGGUUCGGAAGCGAACGAACAGCGGUGGAAACGUGGGCGAAGUCGACGAUGAAGCUGGACAUAGAGGGGCUGGUCGUGUACUUUCCGUACGAGUUCAUCUACCCCGAGCAGUACUCGUACAUGCUGGAGCUCAAACGCACGCUGGAUGCCAAGGGUCAUGGCGUGCUGGAGAUGCCUUCGGGCACAGGGAAAACGGUCUCGCUCCUCGCUCUCAUCGUCGCAUACCAGCGGGCAUUCCCCAACGAGGUACAGAAGCUUGUGUACUGCUCACGGACGGUGCCCGAGAUUGAGAAGGUGAUUGAGGAGAUGAAGAAGCUGGUGGCUUAUUACGAGAAACACACAAAAGAGCCCAUGAAGUUCCUCGCGCUCUCCCUGAGCUCCCGCAAGAACUUGUGCAUUCACCCCGAGGUGAGCGCCCUGCGCUUCGGCAAGGAGGUGGACGGCCGCUGCCACUCGCUCACAGCAUCGUACGUGCGCAACCGGCACAGCUCCGAUGGCAGCGUGCCCGUCUGCUCCUUCUACGAGGACUUCAACACGAAUGGGCGCGAGGUGCCGAUGCCGCCAGGAAUCUACAGCCUGGACGAUCUCAAGGAGUACGGGCGACAGAAGCACUGGUGCCCCUACUUCCUUGCCCGCUACACGAUCAUGCACGCCAACGUGGUGGUGUACAGCUACCACUAUCUGCUCGACCCCAAGAUAGCCGACCUUGUCUCCAAGGAGAUGUCCAAAAAGUCUGUCGUCGUCUUCGACGAGGCCCACAACAUCGACAACGUGUGCAUCGACUCGAUGAGCGUGAACAUCACACGCCGCACGCUCGACCGGUGCAGCACGAAUAUCGAGACUCUGCAGACCACGAUACAGAAGAUCCGGGAGACGGACGCUACGAAGCUGAAGGAGGAGUACCGGCGCCUCGUGGAGGGGCUCAGGGACGCGAGCGUCGCCCGGGAGACGGACGUCCACCUCGCCAACCCCGUGCUGCCCGACGAGGUUCUGCAAGAGGCGGUGCCUGGCAACAUCCGGAACGCGGAGCACUUUGUGUCGUUCCUUAAACGCUUCGUGGAGUACCUCAAGUCGCGUCUGCGCGUCACGCACGUGCUGUCCGAGAGCACCCCCGCCUUCCUCAAGGAGACCUACGACCGCAUCUGCAUCGACCGCAAGCCCCUGCGGUUCUGCUCAGAGCGGCUGCGCUCGCUCCUCCGCACGCUGGAAAUCGCCGACAUUGCAGAUUUCUCUCCGCUCACGCUCGUCUGCAACUUCGCCACCCUUGUCAGCACCUACACCAAUGGGUUCACGCUGAUAAUCGAGCCGUUUGAGGACAAAACCCCCACCAUCCUCAACCCCAUUUUGCGCUUAAGCUGCAUGGACGCGUCGAUUGCGAUUAAGCCGGUCUUCAGCCGCUUCCAGACCGUCAUCAUAACCUCGGGGACGCUGUCUCCCCUGGACAUGUAUCCCAAAAUCCUUGACUUCCGUCCGGUUACCGUGGCAUCCUUCACCAUGACCUUGGCCAGGACCUGCCUGUGCCCCAUAAUUGUCGCGCGCGGGAACGACCAGGUGACCAUGAGCUCAAAGUUCGAGACAAGGGAAGAUAUCGCGGUGAUCAGGAACUACGGGAACCUGCUGCUGGAGAUGACGUGCGUGGUGCCCGACGGGGUCGUGUGCUUCUUCACGAGCUACCACUACAUGGAGUCCAUCGUGGCCGCCUGGUACGAGCAGGGGAUCUUGGAAAAUAUCCAGCGGAACAAACUGAUCUUCAUUGAAACGCAGGACGGAGCCGAGACGAGCGUGGCGCUCGAGAAGUACCACGAGGCUUGUGAAAACGGAAGAGGAGCCGUGCUUCUAUCAGUUGCCAGAGGCAAGGUGUCCGAGGGCAUCGACUUUGUUCACCACUACGGGCGGGCGGUGAUCAUGUUUGGAAUCCCGUACGUGUACACGCAGAGCAGAAUUCUCAAGGCGCGGCUCGAGUUCCUGCGGGAUCAUUACCAGAUCCGGGAGAACGACUUCCUGACAUUCGAUGCCAUGCGGCAUGCUGCACAGUGCGUGGGGCGUGCAAUCCGUGGCAAGACCGACUAUGGCGUCAUGGUGUUUGCAGAUAAGCGCUAUUCGCGAGCGGACAAACGAGGGAAAUUGCCGCGCUGGAUCCAAGAGCACAUCACGGAUGCGAACCUGAACCUCACCAUCGACGAGGCGCUGCAGGUCACCAAGCAUUUCCUGCGCCUCAUGGCUCAGCCCUUCAGACGGGAGGACCAGCUUGGACUGUCUCUCUUAACCCUGGAGCAACUACAGUCUGAAGAUAUGCUGCGCAAGAUCGAGCAAAUCGCACACCAGCUAUGAGAAUGCAGUGGACAACCACAAGGAGUGGGAUGCGAAAUAUUGUUUGCCACUCAACGGUUUUGGCUGGGCACCACUGUAACCAUGUGAUUUUGCCUGUCAUGGAUCAGUCGUGCAUUUGCCUCCCUGCCCAACCACCAUUGGUACCAUUAAACACGUGGUGCUGCAAAUAAUGGCAGUUCGGUACCGUUUGACCAUCGUUGAUCAGAGUAAAUGGUUCAUCUGCUCAUUAGAAAUGCAUGCUAUGCAAGUGCAUUUGGAAGGAAUUUCACUGUAACAGCAAAUCCACAAAUGUCUUUUUUAAAAUAAAAUUACAGCACUUGGACAUAGGCAUACAAUUUUUCUAUUGAAUUUACAGUCUGAAUACGUUGUGUAAAUGUCCAAAGUUUUAUUUUAACAUUCAUAUUUUCUAUACUGUAGUUUAUUUUCUAUUAUAUUUUUACACUCUUAGGACAAUACUUUAAAGCCUGUUGUAUAUUUAAAGUAGUUGACAAAUUUGAAAGGUGAACACCAACGCAGAGAGUGUGUGUAUAUGUAAGCAAAUAAUAUGGAAAUGUGA